CGGAGGGGCGGGAGGCGACUCACUACAGCCUUAUCUAUCAACCCUGCUCAAGACGGCGCUCGCGAAAUGGAGCGGAUAGUAUCGCUGCCGGGCAUUAGCGUUUCUUUACGACCGUGUUCAGGUAGUUUGAGACGAAAGAAAGUCUUCUCGUGUGGCAGCUUUCCGUCCGGCGGCUGGACGGAGUGAACAUCCGGAGCUAAGUCGCCUUUUCAGAAACAACCAGCAGACAGACUCGACAGAGAGCUAACAUGUUCAAAUGUACACAGUAUGGAUUUUAAGAAGACCAAGUAUGGAAGAUUCAUGAACAACCGUGUCCCAUCCAGCAAAAGAUAUCAGCCAACUGAGUACGAGCAUGCAGCUAACUGUGCCACUCAUGGACUCUGGAUCAUUCCCAGCAUCCUAGGCAGCUCACUGUUAUACUUCCUGUCUGAUGACCAAUGGGAGAGCAUCACAGCGUGGCUAUACGGCACUGGACUGUCUGGCUUGUUCAUCAUGUCCACAAUGUUCCAUACCGUGAGCUGGAAGAAGAGUCACCUGCAGAGGGUUGAACAGCGCUUCCACAUGUGCGACCGGAUGGUGAUUUAUUUCUUCAUAGCUGCCUCUUACGCCCCCUGGUUGAACCUGAGGGAGCUGGGCCCCUGGGCGGCCCACAUGCGCUGGCUGGUGUGGAUCAUGGCCUGUGUGGGCUCUGCUUAUGUCUUCUUUUUCCAUGAAAAGAACAAGAUCCUGGACCUGCUUUGCUACACUGUCAUGGGAGCCAUUCCUGCACUUGUACUCCUGUCAAUGCCUAACAGAGAGGGCGUGCUGGAGCUGUCGAUGGGUGGAGUGUUCUACUGCUUGGGAGUGGUCUUCUUCAAGAGCGAUGGCCUCAUCCCUUUCGCUCAUGCCAUCUGGCACGUCUUUGUGGCUGUAGGAGCUGGCAUACACUACUACGCCAUCUGGAGGUACCUGUAUGCAACAGGGAGCCACAUGAAGACGUCCAGGUGACGGACUGAGGCCCUGGGGAACAGCGCUAGCUCAUCCUCAUAUCGGGUCUCAUAUAGUAUAUUUAGAUUUAGGUUGUUGACAACCAGCCAGUAAUUUAAUUUACAAAAAUAUAAUUAUAUCUGAUCACAAGUUGCCUUUGCAGUUUUUAACAGAAUUGUGGUGUUUUGACAGUAGCUAUUUUUGUAUAGAGGAAUUUGCUGCAAAAUGUAAUUUGAAAAUUGAAAAAAAAAGUUUCACAACUCAGUUUAUUAAUAUAUAUUUUGAUUUUUCCUACAAAUUUUUCAAGAGUUCAGUGUUUACAGAAAGUGUAGUAAGUGACUGAGGACAAAUUUUUGUGACUGAUUUCAUUCCAUUCUUCAUAGCAUUUACUUAAGUAACUGUUAUUGAAUCAGUUCAUGAAGUCGGAUUAGAAUUUUAACUAUGCAUUUAAGUACUUUAAUUUAUUGAAAUCUUGUAAGCAACUUAUGUUGAAGAAUUUCAUCUUUCUUUUGCACUACAUGCUGUAUGAAAUUGUGUUGUUAAAUUACUUGCCAACUCUGAAUAUUUUUGAAAUUUGAAUUUUGAAUAUUAUGUGAAAAAAUGUGCAUUCUGAAGAACAAACCCAAUCUUGCAGUUCAGUGACCAAUCUACAAGGAUGCUUCUCAAAACUUCAUAAUUACAAACAUCUCAAAACCUUAAAAUUAGUGCUUGGUGUUGAGCUGAUUACUGUUGUGCUUGUCACUUUGUCACUUUUUCAGUGUCCUAACUGCUAAUAUGAAAGAUAUAGAGGACCAAACUGCAGCUCCCUUUACACUCUUAUAGGUCAGGACUAUGUUAUAGUUUGAAAUAAAGUGUGAGACGAAUGUUCGGCAUCCCAAAAACUUUGGCACUUUAAAGCUCAAUCAUUUACAGAACAUUUCUGAUACCCUCUAUGAAUGAUCUUGUCCAAUUUCCUGAAUGAUACUAUUUGAAUGACUAUAACAUUUGAAUGACUUAUCAUACAGAUGGUGUUUGUAAAGAUUGUGGUCCUGAAUGUUAAGAAAAAGUCUAUUUGUUUUAUCCAUCGUAUCACCACAUUGGGACAAUAAGUAAACAUUGCACUGUGUCAAA